AUGGAGCUCUUUCUAUAUGCCGGCAUACUGCAGGAGGGACUAUAUCCAUGCUAUCUGCUGACAGUGAAGGUGAUUCGGAUGAAAAACGUCCGUCAGGCUGAUGUCUUGAGCCAGACAGACUGCUAUGUAAGCCUCUGGCUGCCCACUGCCUCCCAUAAGAAGAUGAGAACUAAGACCAUCUCCAACUGCCCAGACCCAGAGUGGAAUGAAACCUUCAAUUUCCAGAUCCAGAGCCAAGUGAAGAAUGUUUUAGAGUUAAGUGUGUGUGAUGAAGACACAGUGACACCAGAUGACCAGCUCUUGACAGUUCUCUAUGACCUCACCAAGCUCUACUUCCGAAAGAAAACCCACGUGAAGUUCCCCCUCAACCCAGAGGGCAUGGAGGAGCUGGAGGUGGAAUUCCUGCUGGAAGAGAGACCCUCUGCAUCUGAGGCCCUCAUCACCAACGGUGUACUAGUGUCCCGACAAGUCUCCUGCUUAGAUGUUCACUUGGAAUCCAGGCCUAAUAGAAAGCGUGGGGAAAAAAAGGACUUCUUGGUGACGGUGGAUGAGUCCUUUGAACAUACCCAGCGUGUCUCAUCCAGCUGCCCGGACCCUGCCCACUUCCACUACCCCAAGUAUUUCCAGUCUCAGAUGCAUGUGGAGAUGCCCAAGAGCCAUUGGAGCUAUGGGCUUAGCUGUUGCAGCUCACACAGGAGAAAUGGCCCCAUCUGCCAGCCUCUGGAUUGCCUUUCUGAGGGUCAGACAGUGACCCUACCUUUGAACGAAAACUGUGAAUUACAGAUGAAGUCUACCGACUGCCCUGAGACACUGGACGUGCGGCUGGGCUAUAGCCUGUGCGAGGCCGAGCUGGAGUUCCUGGAGAAGCGGAAGGUGGUGGUGGCCGAGGCGCUGAAGCAGGUGCUGCAGCUGGAGGAGGACCUGAAGGCGGACGAGGUACCAAUAAUAGCCAUUAUGGCCACUGGAGGAGGGACAAGAUCCAUGACGGCCAUGUACGGCCACCUGCUGGGACUGCAGAAACUGAACAUCCUGAACUGUGCCAGCUACAUCACCGGCCUGUCAGGGGCCACCUGGACCAUGGCUACCUUGUAUCAAGACCCUGAAUGGUCCUCCAAAAACCUGGAGAAGGCCAUCUUCGAGGCUCGAAGGCAUGUGGUCAAGGACAAGAUGCCAGCCCUGUUCCCUGACCAGCUCUUGAAAUACAGGGAGGAACUCCGGCAGCGCAGUCAAGAGGGCUACAAAGUCACCUUCACUGACUUCUGGGGCCUGCUGAUCGAGGCCUGUCUGGGAGACAAGAGAAAUGACUGCAAGCUUUCAGAGCAGCGGGCUGCUCUGUGCCGGGGCCAGAACCCCCUUCCCAUCUACCUCACCAUCAACGUCAAGGAUGAUGUAAGCAACCAGGAUUUCAGAGAGUGGUGUGAAUUCUCCCCGUAUGAAGUGGGCCUGCAGAAGUAUGGAGCCUUCAUCCCUGCCGAGCUCUUUGGCUCUGAAUUCUUCAUGGGGAGACUGAUGAAGAGGACUCCGGAAUCACGAAUGUGCUACAUGCUAGGUUUGUGGAGCAGCAUUUUCUCCCUGAACCUGCUAGAUGCCUGGAACCUGUGCCAUACCUCAGAGGAGUUUUUCCACCAGUGGACAAGGAAAAGAACGCAUGAUAUUGAAGAUGAACCAAUCCUGCCUGAAAUCCCCAAAUGUGAUGGCAAGGUCUUGGAGACCACGGUGGUGGUCCCAGGUUCAUGGCUGUCCAAUACUUUCCGAGACAUCCUCACUUAUCGGAAGUGUGUGUCUGAGUUCCACAACUUCCUGCAGGGGCUGCAGCUGCAUACUGACUACCUCCAGAACGGCCAGUUCUCCAAAUGGAAAGACACAUUGCUUGAUGGCUUCCCAAACCAACUGACGGGUUCUACAAAACACUUGUGCCUGCUGGACACUGCAUUCUUCGUCAACUCCAGCUAUCCACCCCUCCUACGACCAGAGAGGAAAGCUGACCUUAUCAUUCAUCUCAAUUACUGUGCUGGGUCCCAGACAAAGCCCAUGAAACAAACCUGUGAGUACUGUGCCACACAAAACAUCCCCUUCCCCAAGUACGAGGUACAAGAAGAUGACGACAAUCUCAAGGAAUGCUACCUGCUGGAGAACUCUGAGGAACUCAACGCCCCCAUUGUGGUCUUCUACCCACUUAUCAACGGCACCUUCCAAAAGUACAAGGCUCCAGGUGUGGAAAGAAGUCCUGAGGAGAUGGAGCAAGGCGAAGUUGACAUUUAUAGCUACAAAACUCCCUAUGCCACCAAAGAGCUGACAUACACAGAAGCCGCCUUUGACAAGCUGGUGAAGCUCAGCGAGUACAACAUCCUGAAUAACCAGGACAAGCUCCUUCAGGCCUUGCGAAUGGCGGUGGAGAAGAAACGUCUGAAGAGCCAGUGUCGCUCCUAA